GAAGGCGGCUGGGGGCGGCGGAGCGGUGCGGAGCAGUGCGGAGCCGUUUCCGUCCCUCUGUCUCUCUCUCCGUCUUUCUGUUCUCUCACCGUGAAUGCGCGCAACGGGAGCGCAAGUCCUGGAGCGCAGCGCAGCGCUGAGGCGAGGAACGGAGCGCUCGGAGCUCGGCGGAGCGCGGUGUCCUCGGCAAUGCAAUCCGCGCGGCUGCGCGUCUUCCUGCCUCUGCUGGGCUGCCUCCUAUCCGCGGCAUCCAGCACGCGCCCAGAGUGCAGCAUCAUGCUGGAGAUUGAAGAGGAACGCAGCCAGUGCCUGGCAGAGAUCACUGAGGAUAAUCAGACCUCAGGUUGCAGAAGGCAGUGGGACAACAUCACGUGCUGGCCUGAAGCGCAGGUGGGAGCGGUUGUGGUGAAGCCAUGCCCAAAGUACUUCAGGUUCCUCACCACUUUUCUUGGAAAUGUGAGCAGGAAUUGCACAAGUCAGGGCUGGACAGAUGUGUACCCUGCACCGUAUGCUGUCGCUUGUGGCUACGAUUCCAACAGCACACCAGGGGAAGAGCAAACGGCGUUCUAUGGCACAGUCAAGACCGGCUACACCAUUGGACAUACCUUAUCACUCAUUGCUCUCACAGCUGCUAUGAUCAUUUUAUGUCUCUUCAGAAAACUGCACUGUACUCGAAAUUAUAUCCAUAUGCACCUCUUCAUGUCCUUUAUAAUGAGAGCCAUCGCAGUCUUCAUAAAAGAUGUCAUCCUGUUUGAAAGUGGAGAACCUGAACAUUGCUUUGUGAGCUCAGUAGGCUGCAAAGCCAUGAUGGUUUUCUUCCAGUACUGCGUCAUGGCCAACUUCUUCUGGCUGCUGGUGGAAGGGCUGUAUCUUCACACCCUGUUGGUCAUCUCCUUCUUUUCAGAGAGGAAGUACUUCUGGUGGUACAUCUUAAUUGGCUGGGGUGCCCCCUCCGUGUUCAUCACUGCUUGGACGGUCGUCAGGAUUUACUUUUUCAAUGUUGGAUGCUGGGAGGAAAUAAUAGAAUCCCCAAUCUGGUGGAUCAUUAAAACUCCUAUUUUGGUGUCCAUUUUGGUGAACUUCAUUCUCUUCAUUUGUAUCAUCCGUAUCUUAGUCCAGAAGUUGCAUUCCCCAGAUGUUGGACACAAUGAAACCAGCCAGUAUUCGAGACUGGCCAAGUCCACCUUGCUGCUGAUCCCUCUCUUUGGCAUUCACUACAUCAUGUUUGCUUUCUUCCCUGACAAUUUCAAAGCAGAAGUUAAGCUGGUGUUUGAGCUUGUGGUUGGGUCAUUCCAGGGUUUUGUGGUGGCUGUCCUCUACUGUUUUCUCAAUGGAGAGGUCCAAGCUGAGCUCAAGAGAAAGUGGCGGAGGUGGCACCUGGAGCGGUUCCUGGGCUCUGACAUGAAGUACCACCACCCUUCUUUGGGCAGCAAUGGCACCAACUUCAGCACCCAGAUCUCCAUGCUGACCAAGUGCUCACCAAAGACACGCCGGUGCUCCAGCUUCCAGGCAGAAUUCUCUCUGGUUUGAUGGAGAGAGGCUCUCUGAGCACUGAGCAUCCAAGAGAGAGAAGGAUCCCCAGGAAUCAGUUACCUAUGGACAAAUCCUUGUGAAAUGACAUGCUCCACUUGAGCCAACAGAGGACAGAAAACUGGAAAAGCCAUUGGCAUCCAGAACGAGAUCAGACAAGCUAAGAGGCAGAGAAAUACUUUUCCUCUCCCUCUUUUCAGACCUUUCUCUCUAAGUUGGUGCCCGUGGGGCUGAUAAUGCUGAGUAAAGGUCCCAGUCACUUGAGGAGAGCCUGGGAGAUCCUAAUGUGCUAUAAAUACUGAAUUUUGGGGGUAUGGGAGGGAAGAGCUUGAGUUACUGGUGGCUUUCCCGGAACCGGCAUCUCUGAAACAGAUAAAUUGCACUUUUUUUUGUUGUUGUUUUAAAUGAGCCAGUAAAGGACAGAGAGAGGGAGAAAGAAAUGGGGGGAAAAAAUGCCAAACUUAUGAAUGUGCCAAAAGCCCAGCCGCUAAGAAGUGGUGAUGUGGUGCUGGAAGCAGCAAGGAGAAGGGACAGGAAGAACACAGGCAGGAAAGGCAGAGGCCAACCUGCACAGUGCAAAGAAGCAGCAGCACCAGGCAAGGCCCCGGAAGGAUGCUCUGAUGUUGGAGUGUGUUCUGCUAAUUGCUCACCAUCUUCGUUAGCCGAAGCUUUCCAUGUGCCAUUGGGUACCCUCUGGAAGAGCAGCUUGCUGAGAAGGACCAGCACAAAAUGCCCUUCUCUGUGCUGCGUUCAGGACAUCAACAUGCUUUGUUUGGUUGUUUUCACUGAACGGUUUGCAUGUAUAAAAACCAGGUACAGAUGCCAA